CUCACCAAACGAAUCCAUCUAUUUUGAAAAUCCGGUAGUAGUGACCGCACUAUAUCAUCUCCUCCUUUCUUCUCCUUCACACGUCAUUUCUUUUCUUGAUCCCUUCCUUCAUCUCUGCGAUGUCGCUAUAUAUUACGACGUCGUUCUGCGUUUCUUGCACCCGUCUCCGCACUCACAACUCCAAUGAAACAAUGUCCAUCCGCAAAAACCCUAAACUCCGUCUCCCAAAACCACAUUUCACUGACAUUCUGCAUUCUAAACUCACCAAUGGCGACACUCCAAUUCUCCAUCACAACUCUCUUAAAAACCCUAACAAUUUCACAGUUCACGCCUCAAGCGACGAAUCUCCAUCAUCAGGACACGUCACCACUCCGAUCAACAAACUAAUCAUCGUCAGCUCUGCAGUUACUGUCGCUUUAGCCAUUGCGAAUCGCGUGCUUUACAAGCUAGCUCUCGUUCCUAUGAAGCAAUACCCGUUCUUCUUAGCUCAGUUCAACACCUUCGGGUACGUGGUGAUUUAUUUUUCAAUAUUGUAUGUACGGUAUCGUGCAGGAAUUGUGACUAAUGAAAUGUUAUCUGUUCCGAAAUCACGUUUUGUUGCUAUUGGUAUUUUGGAAGCACUUGGUGUCGCCACUGGAAUGGCUGCUGCUGCCAUGCUUCCUGGACCUAUUAUACCCAUACUAACUCAGACGUUUUUGGUGUGGCAGCUGGCCUUUUCUGCUCUGCUGUUAAGAAGAAGGUACUCCUUCAACCAAAUAUCUGGCUGCUUGCUUGUCGCAGUUGGUAUAAUGGUUGCUGUUGGAAGUGGAUCCAAUGCUGAUCGGACUCUAUCUAGAGUUGAGUUCAUCUGGCCGGCAGUAAUGAUAAUAUCAUGCGCUUUUCAAGCUGGUGCAUCUAUUAUAAAGGAAUAUAUUUUUGUGGAUGCUGCAAAACGUCUAAAGGGAAAGUCACUUGACAUAUUUGUCGUCAAUUCUUUUGGUUCUGGAUUUCAGGUUCUAUUCGUUCUCCUUCUUCUACCUUUACUGUCAAAUUUGAAGGGCAUACCAUUUGCACAACUUCCUUCAUAUCUGAAAAGCGGUGCUGGUUGCCUUGUGAAUAUUGGAAGAAACACACCAGGAUGUGAUGGGGCUCCAUUGCUUCCCCUGCUGUACAUCACGGUUAAUAUGGCAUUCAACAUAUCAUAUCUCAAUCUGGUCAAAAUUUCUUCUGCAGUUGUUUCCUCCCUUGCUGUCACAUUGUCAGUGCCAUUGUCAAUAUAUGUUUUAUCUCUUCCAUUGCCAUACAUUCCAGAGGCUGCAGGUUUGAGCCCUUUUUUUCUGCUAGGCAGCUUGAUUCUCGUCUCGGGUCUUGUUCUAUACAAUGUAUCCAGGCCUGCCAAGCCGGUUUCAAAUUAGCUUAAUAUACCAGAUUAGUUCAACAUUUAAAUUCUUUAUCAUUAAAAGUUGAGCAACCAACUAUAAUUUUAUGCUUGUAAGUAAUAUUGUCAUAAAAUUAGUUGGUUAUUAAGACCCUUAUCAUUUUACAGUUGUACUAUUGUCUUGAAUCUUCAACAUUCUUUUAUGUACAAUAAUAAGUCUCUUCAUACAAA